GCAGUUAUUCAGUUCAACACUACCACUUUCCUUCGGUGCGUGCGAGUGCAAUAGGUGUGUGGGCAAGGCAGAUCUUCGUCGGGCUGGUGGUGCUGUUCAAAGCUACUAACUGUCAGCGUUUUGGGCGACCAUAACGCACCCACUUCCGGCACACCGAGACGUCAGGUUCUUGUUUGAGCAGUGUUUCGGGAGUUUUGUCAGUUUUUUUUUGCCAAUUUUACGACACAUAAAACCUGCGUGAGUCACGGUGCGCGAGGAAAAAUCGCGAAAAACGCCUGUGCGCCUGUGAAAAGUGUGUGAAAGAGUGUGGCGUGUCGCAGGAAUGCGCAAGUCGGUCACAACGGCGUGAGUCGAUCGACGGAGUUAGCCUCCCUCCCCUCCCCAAAAAAGGGAGCAAAACGUGGAACGGAAGGGCUUGCAGGGAAGCGACAAUAAAUAGAAAUGCGUGUGGCUUAUGGUGUGCGAUCUGCUGUGGUGCUGUGUCGCGAUUCGUCUGCUUUCGCUCGAUCUCUGUGAGUAGAAUGUGAAGUGAACCGUGGUGUGGCGUGUAAAGGAAAAGCGCAAGAAAAAAAGGAGGAAGAAAAUUGCAAAGAUCACUCGCUACUGUUGCGAGGUGCAGUUGUGUGAGUGUGUGCGUGCGUGUGCGUGAUUCGCCUCAAGAAAAAGCGAACGAACGGAAGCGCAACGGGGCGAUAUCGGCGAGCAAAAAGAAAAAACAAGCUUUGACCAAAAAUGACCACCAGCCUACUUUCGUUGGCCGUGCUAGGGCUUGCCCUUCUGGUUAAACCCGGACUAGCUGGCACGCGACCACAAGAGGUGCGCAUCAACAAAUGCUGCCGGUUAGGCGAGUUCUACAACACCAGCGAAGGGUUGUGUGUAGCGGGUGGGAUCGCAAAAUGGGUGCCACGCAUUUUCCUACCACUAAAGGGCCAACUCUACAAGGACCUUGGCUCGGCACCACCUUUCAUGAAGUUCACGGAACAGCAACAACCCGAGGUUUGCCAGCAACCGACGGUGUAUCCCGUCGAUCUGGUGACACUGAUGGGAAAUGGAUCGCUUUUCCUUAACCAGAAGCACGUGCUGGUUCCGGUGCCGGAAUACUGCAUCGACGAACGGGUUGCGUUGGUUUGUCCUACGAAGCGUCCUUCCGAAUCACCAGCAGGUUCAUCUGAUGGUGCAACUGAAGGCAGUCAGAUGGACUCGUUGCAAGCUCCUGAGAGGACGAGCAUAGUGCUACGUUGUUGUGGUUCGAACUUUGCCUACGACAAAGGCAACCGAACCUGCUCAAAGUUGCCACGUGGUCAUGAGCUUUAUGAUUCGCGCAUCGUCCAUUCGCCGUACAUCGAAUUGAGCUACGGUUUUCCAGCCUGCAAGGAGCACGCCAUCGCAGGCGCAUUCGAAGAGGCACGCCUUCAGGAGCAAACUGGCUCGGUGUCGAUCGAUUCAGGGAAGAUCUUUGCUUCAGGCGAGUACUGCCUGGAGCACGUGCGUGAUGACGAUCGUACGGUGUACGUCUUCACGUGCUCCGAGCACUUCCAGCCAGCGUCGGUUCCCAUCGCAAAACAGGACGGCCGACUGGUGCUGUACUCCGCCGGUUUGCUCAUCUCCACCAUCUUCCUGGCGGCUACACUGGCCACAGGAUUGCUGGUGCCAUCGCAACACCACGUGCUCCAUUGGCGCUGCCAAACGCACUACGUCGCCUGUCUACUUGUGGGCGAUCUGCUGCUAGCCAUCACUCAACUCUCCGGCAACUCCAUCACCGGUCCAGCUUGUACGAUGAUAGCGAUCAUGAUGCAUUUCUUCUUCCUGGCGGCGUUCUUCUGGCUCAACACGAUGUGCUUCAAUAUCUGGUGGACCUUCCGCGAUCUACGACCCACGUCGCUGGAGAAAAGCCAGGAAAUCUGCCGACUUCGCAUCUAUGAAGUGUACGCGUGGGGUGUCCCGCUUGUCAUCGCCGGUGUCGCCGCCAUCCUGGACAAUCUGCCGGACAACAGUGAUACCUACUUGAGGCCGCGCUUUGGUGAAGCAAAAUGCUGGUUCUACGGUAACAUGGAAAUGCUGACCUACUUCUUCGGUCCGAUCGGUAUUCUGCUUGGCGUCAAUCUGCUGCUGUUUGCUUCGACCGCGCGCCAGCUGACCUGUGGCCUAUGGAAGCGAGACGACGUCAAGUCAACCACAGAACGCCGCGGUUUGGUUUCUUCUCCCUCUUACAGUGCCGCGCUGGGGCGCGUCUGCCUGAAGCUGGUCGUCGUGAUGGGAGUCACCUGGGUGGCGGACGUUAUCUCGUGGGCCGUCGGAGGACCGAACUACAUCUGGAUCGUGACCGAUCUGAUCAAUGCACUGCAGGGCGUGUUCAUCUUCAUCGUCGUGGGAUGUCAACCGCAGGUCUGGGCCGCCAUGAAGCGCCUGUGGAACUCGAAAACGGGUCGGCCGUUCACGAACACCACCAACGGUCCACAGCACUCCAGCUCCUCGCAUGGUUUGCCGUCGAUGGGCGAAUCGAUCACGAACAACACCUGCACGAACAACACGACGACCACGACCUCCAACCGGGUGCCGAUGGAAACCGUCUGCUGA